UGGAUACACCCGGGAUCUGCGGAAUACUUAAGGUAAUCCUGCAACGCCAAUUCCCCCGCCGCCCCCCCCCCCGGCCAGGUCCCUCUGCUGUUGGUCAAGCAAUGAAAUCCUGCCCUCCUACACCUACAUCUUCCUCUGCCAAACGUGUCAAUUGAUCGGUUAAACAAUGCGAUUUGGCCCCAUUUCCCUUUUCGCAGCUGGCUUUUCGGGGCUGGUGGCUGCUCGCCCUGUCGGCCCUGAAGAACCGCUGGUCGAUCUAGGAUAUGCAACCUAUCAGGGAUACUACAAUGACGCACAUCGUCUGAAUAUCUGGAAAGGGAUUCGAUACGCUGCGCCGCCCGUGGGUAAACUGCGCUGGCAAGCCCCCGCGGCACCCCCACAGGAUAAUGAGAAUGUCACUAUGGCUGUUGAUCAGCCUCCGGUAUGUCCACAAUCUGGUGCGGCUGGAACCCCCGCUGUCUACGGCUUCAAUUCCGGCCUGGGGGACGAGGACUGUCUGUUUCUCAAUGUCUACGCUGCCCCUGGAGCAUCGGGUCUUCCUGUCCUUUUGUGGAUACAUGGCGGGGGCUAUGCGCUGUUCGGCGCUGUGUAUGACCCGAGUUCUAUGAUGAAUACGAACGACAACAAGUUCAUCACCGUGGAGAUUCAGUAUCGCCUCGGCGCUUUCGGAUUCCUCUCCUCAGAUGAGGUCAAGGCACACGGUCAAGCCAAUGCCGGCCUCCUUGACCAGCGCUUCGCAAUGGAAUGGAUCCGGAAGCAUAUUGCGAAGUUUGGCGGCGAUCCCAGCCGAGUCACCAUUGGUGGGGAGUCUUCCGGUGCUGGAGCAGUCAUGUUGCACUCCCUCGCGUAUGGUGGCCGAGAAUCACGUCUCUUCGACAAUAUCAUCGCGGCAAGCCCGUAUUCCCCUCCCAUUUACGAAUACAAUGACGAGGAGCCGUCUAACCACUACAACUCCUUUGCCGAGCUUGCGGGUUGUGGAUGCGCCAAAUCAGCCGGCUACUCCAGCACAUUCGACUGCCUUGUGGAGGCUCCAACUGCGGCUCUGCAAAAUGCCAGUGCCCUGGUCUCAACCUCCGGCCUCUUCGGCACCUUUGCGUUUCUCCCCGUCAUUGACGGCGACUAUAUCCGAGCUCGCCCAUCGCAACAGCUGUUGGAGGGCAGGGUGAGCGGCCAGCGCAUUUUAGUUGGAAAUAACGCCAACGACGGUGUUCCCCUCAGCAACCCUAAUGUCGUCAGCCGCGAGGCAUUUGCCAACUACAUCUCCAGCACGUUCCCACGGCUCACUGAGGAAGAUAAGUUCCUGCUCAACGAGAUUUAUCUGACGCGGGAUUCCCAGCCCAGCGAUGACGGCCCGCGGUUCGACACCCUCGGUGACUGUGGCCCGACCGCUCUAAACCAGUCAGAAAUGGCCACAGGUCUCCAGCAAACAGUGUUCAACAUCUUCGCCGAGUCGACCUUCGACUGCUCUGCUCAAUGGCUUGCCGAGGCUUUCAGCGAGGGACCCCAUAGCGCCUGGAAAUACCAGUACUCCGUCACACCCGCUUACCACGGUGCUGACCUGGCCGCCUACUUCUCCGAUGCCGUCACCGAUUUCAACCACGCCUUCCAGAAGAUCUGGGGCAAUUUUAUUAUCCAUAACACGCCUGUCAUUUCCCUCGCAGACGCCACGGCGGACAAGCCCAAUGCCACAGCACCAAUCGGACCUCACCAGAAUCUGCUCUGGCCUGAAUUCACGCCUUUCUCGCCCUGGCAGAUGGACCUCAAUACGACUGGAGGCUACAUCAAACAAACUGUCGUCACGCCUAAUCUCACCUACUAUCUCCGGGAAGGCGAUGGCAUUGUCAACACGUUCCGUCUUGCCGACGCGUAUGCCUGGGAAGGAGGUCGAGGUGACCGCUGUUCCUUCUGGCGCGCGGUCUCAGCCCGGGUGCCUCUGUAAAUCUACGUGUGGGAUAACUGCCAACAUCUGCGAAUUUUUGUUUGGGUGGUUGUUUUCGUUUAUUCGAUUGGCCUGCCAUCUGUAUAUAUUGUAUUGUGU